AUGCUCGACGUAAACGAUUUCAUCGUCGAGCGUGGAGGGAACCCGGAACGCAUCCGAGAAUCUCAGCGUCGCCGUUUCGCAGACGAGGCAGUCGUCGACCAGGUUAUCGCCCUAUUUGAGGAUCACCGAAAGACUCAGUAUAGCGCAACGCAAAUUAGCAGCAAAAUCAAUGAGGUGCAGAAGCUAAUCGGGGCCAAGAAAAAGGCCAAAGAAGAUGCAACCGAUCUUCUGCAACAGAAGAUUGAGCUUGAGAAAGAGAAGAAGCUUACCGUCGAGUCUGCCGUGCAGAAGGAAAAGGACCUUCGGACGAAAAUCAAGACCAUAGGAAACAUUGUCGACGACAGUGUACCCAUUAGCAACAGCGAGGAUAACAAUGCUGUGCAACGAACUUGGGCGCCAGAAGGUAUUACUGUCGAGAAGCGCAACGUGCUCUCCCAUCAUGAAGUGCUCCUUCGUCUUGACGGCUACGACCCAGACCGGGGUGUCAAGGUCGUUGGCCACCGCGGUUACUUCUUGCGGCAAUGGGGAGUAUUCCUCAACCAAGCGCUCAUCAACUACGGACUCGAGUUUCUCUCCCAACGGGGAUACUGCCCUCUACAAGCCCCCCAGUUCAUGCUGAAGGACUACAUGGCCAAGACUGCCCAGUUGGAUGAUUUCGAUGAGCAACUUUACAAAGUUGUCGAUGGGGACGAGGCAAACGACAAGUAUCUCAUCGCAACAUCCGAACAGCCUAUCUCGGCUUUUCACGCUGAUGAAUGGCUUAUUGCCAAAGAUUUGCCUAUUAAGUAUGCUGGUUAUAGCACCUGCUAUAGACGAGAGGCUGGAUCUCAUGGACGAGAUGCCUGGGGCAUCUAUCGUGUCCAUCAAUUCGAGAAGGUUGAGCAAUUCGUUCUCACCGAUCCUGAAAAAUCGUGGGAAGCCUUCGAGGAGAUGAUCGGCGUUUCUGAGGAGUUUUACCAGACUCUGGGACUACCUUACCAGGUGAUUGCCAUAGUUUCCGGCGCGUUGAACAACGCUGCUGCCAAAAAACUUGAUCUCGAGGCUUGGUUUCCCCAUCAGGGAGAAUACAAAGAGCUAGUCUCUUGCUCGAACUGCACCGAUUACCAGUCACGCGCGCUAGAUAUCCGUUUCGGCGCCAAGACUCAGACAGACGCGAAAAAGAAGUAUGUUCAUUGCCUGAACUCAACGCUGUGCGCCACCACGCGGACGCUGUGUUGUGUCUUGGAGAACUAUCAAACCGACGAAGGUCUUCGUGUCCCGGAGCCGCUUCGUAAAUACCUUCCCGGUGCCCCGGAAUUUAUUCCAUUCGCGCGUGAUUUACCCAAGGAAGCCGCCGGCGUAAAGAAGACUCUGCCGCAGCGCGAGAGGAAAUGA